GGUAAUCCUGGUCUAGAGGAAGUCUGACGAGUCUGCAAACAGAUAUAUAAUGAGACACCAGUGUAAGAGAUCUGGGUUCUUAUGACCUAGUUCUAUAUCUUAUAUUUUCUGCCGCUCUCUAUAGAACUACAUAAAGUGAGAUCCGUAGGAAUCCUCCGCCGCCCUGAUUUGAAUUGACGUGGGGUUGUGAUGUGCGCUCACACAGUCUAAACACUCACAGUUUGGUCCUUUUUAAAGAUCUGAAUCACUGGAAGGGAAGUACGGAUUGUUUUCAGAAGCCAGCCAGGUCCUCUCUAAACACAUGCAAAGCCGUGAGAAGGAAAGGGAAUUUACCGCCUGCUCCACAGAAUGCUUCUGACAGGCGCGUCGGCUGCUGUGGAUGAGAGCCUGAAUUAUUAAAGCUGCCUUUGUUUAUUAGAUUCAUCCCGAGGCGUCGCGGGCAUGUGUGAUUAUACGGAGAAGAAUGUACCGUCUUCAUUAGCUCCACCGGUCUGAAGUCCGCCGGCCAACGGAGGCACAGGAAAUCCAAGGUAUGGUGUGAACAUGCGUUGCUUGGCAGCCCGAGUCAAUUAUAAGACUCUUAUAUUUAUCUGCUCGCUCUUCACCCUGGUGACCGUCUUGCUGUGGAACAAAUGCUCUUCCAAUGACCAUUCCUCUUCCCUUCCGUCGGGACCACAGUUGGGCUUGAGGGUUGAAAGCCUUGAGAAGAGGGCAGCAGCUUCAGAGAGUAAUGCUGCCAAUGGACAGCUCCGAUCUGAGGAGGCCUCUCCACAGGAGCAGCAGAAGGCACCACCUCUGGUGGACAGUAAGGGGACUGGACUGAAGUAUGAGGAGAUAGACUGUGUGAUCAAUGAAGAUCAGAAUGUGCGAUGCAGGCGGGAGGGCAAUGAAGUUUACAUGCCCUUUUCCUGGAUGGAGAAGUACUUUGAGGUUUAUGGGAAAAUUGCCCAGUAUGAUGGCUUUGAACGAUUUGAGUUUUCCCACAGCUACUCCAAAGUAUAUGCACAGCGUGGCCCGUACUAUUCUGACGGAGUAUUUAUGUCCUUUGAAGGUUAUAAUGUAGAAGUUAGAGAUCGAGUCAAGUGCAUCAGUGGUGUAGAAGGUGUCCCAUUAUCCACCCAGUGGGGACCACAGGGGUAUUUUUACCCAAUCCAGAUUGCCCAGUAUGGGUUAAGUCACUACAGCAAGAAUUUGACAGAGAAGCCUCCACACAUGGAGGUGUAUGAGAAGGCGGAUGACAAAACAGAAGGAAUGCUGGGUACAUGGACUGUUCCUAAAGGAGCAUCAGUCACUACAGUCUAUGAUAAGACAAGGAAUAGUUAUGUCAGACAUUUUGUUGUACCAGAAGCUUCAGAUGGAGCAUCACUACUGCUGGGCAACACAAAGGAUUUCAUUCUGUCCCUGGACUUGAAGUUCUUGACUAAUGGCAGUAUCUCUGUGGUACUGGAGACCACCGAGAAGAACCAGCUGUUUACUAUACACUACUUGACCAAUACACAGCUCAUUGCUUUUCAUAACCGUGAUGUCUAUUAUGGAAUUGGACCCAGAACCACUUGGGGUACACUAACCCGGGAUCUUUUGACCGAUUUAAAAAAGGGAGUAGGACUGUCCAACACAAAAGCCGUACGCCAGACUAAGAUCAUGCCGAAGAAGGUUGUCCGCAUUGUUGUCCGGGGAAGUGGGUUUUUGGAUAACAUCACCAUCUCAACUACGGCCCACACAGCUGCCUUCUUUGCUGCCUGCGAUUGGCUUGUAAGGAAUCAGGAUGCUAAGGGUGGCUGGCCCAUUAUGGUGACAAGAAAAUUGGGGGAGGGGUUCAAGGCGCUGGAACCAGGGUGGUACUCUGCAAUGGCCCAAGGGCAGGCCAUAUCUACACUGGUCCGGGCCUACUUGUUGACCAAGGAGCAGGUAUAUCUAGACUCUGCACUUAAGGCAACUGCACCUUUCAAAUUGCCCUCAGAAAAACAUGGGGUGAAAGCAGUUUUUAUGAACAAAUAUGACUGGUAUGAAGAGUACCCUACUACACCGAGCUCCUUUGUGCUAAAUGGGUUCAUUUAUGCUCUGCUUGGUCUGUAUGAUCUAAAAGAAACUGCUGGGGAGAAACAGGGCAAAGAAGCAAGGCUGCUAUAUGAGAGAGGAAUUGAGUCCCUUCAUGCCAUGUUGCCUCUUUAUGACACAGGUUCUGGAAGUAUUUAUGAUUUAAGGCACUUCAUGCUAGGUACUGCCCCUAACCUUGCCCGUUGGGACUACCACACUACCCACAUUAAUCAACUUCAGCUUCUUGCCAGUAUAGACGGGUCUCCAAUAUUUAGAGACUUUGUUCGUCGUUGGAAGUCCUAUCUUAAAGGAGGCAGGGCCAAACAUAACUAGAAGGUAGCCAGGAAACCAGCCAGAAACCAAAAGCUGUCAGGCGCGACCAAUGCCCAAGUCUUUUCUAUAUGCUUUGCUGACAGUGGUCAAUAUCUGCUACUGAGUUACAAAUCCUGAAGGGCAGAUAAAGCUGGGAGCCGCUCACUGUACAGCCUUGCCAUAAUGUGUGUUAAACAUACAAAUGCUUUCUUUAUUGGUUUGUCUUUGGGAACCUAGGACCAGACAGACUAAGUAAGGUUGGUUUUAAACUACGAUUUUCUUCCUGGUUUAAUUCUGUGCCUUCUGUUCUCAUGAUGUCAUAGAAAUGGAGGGAACAAUGUUUAAAUCCCCAUUAUCUGUUAAAGGGACUUGAGGUUUUGGUUGCUGGUGACUUGAACUCCCAGUGUAGAUAUAUUUUGUGUUGACAAUCAUAACAAGUAACUAGUUAUCUUUCAAUGACAUCAAGGACUGAAAUGCGCAGCGAUCGUAUAACUUCCCUUCAAAGUUCAUAUUGCAAUUUUAUAUUAAAGGGAUUUUCCGGGUCCUAUUUUUUCCUGCAGAAGUCAGUGCCAAAUCAGAGCUUCUCUCACUUUGUGAUAUAGUUCUUCGAAUUUGGUCUUGAUCCACUUGUUCAGAUCAGUCACAUGACCUCUCCUGUUCCAGUUCUGUCCUCUUCUACUUUUGCAUAGCUGAUGUUGUUUACAUAUUCCAGGUUUAGAAAUUUUUCUAACAACGCAUGAAUGUUUGACAUUAGAAAAAGUGCUUCGUUUGCAACAUCUAACGCAUUAAUGUGCAAAACAGAAAACAGACUGCAUGUGUACAGUCAGCAGACUAUAUCUUGAGGGGGCUCUACUAUGAGUACCCUUAGUAAUAAGGUCUACUGGGCAAGGCAAACCCCAUAUUUCUUAGCAUGCCCACUCCCAGCUUGGUUACGUGGUUCAGAGCUGAAUUCAAGACUUUAUUACUAGUGUUGAGCAAACCUACUGAAAUAUGCAAACCAGAUCUAAUGACUCUGCUGUCGAUUCAUUUAGUCUUGUAAAAGUUUUGUGUUUUAUCACCCCAAAAAGGUCAGGAAUAAGAUUGUCCUAGGACAUUUCAGACCCCUCCCAGGGCAUGGAAAGCAGAACAACCUUUACAAGACUAAACAAAUGGAAUGCCAAUUUAUUAGGUUUGAUUUGCAUGAAUCUUACCGAUUUGCUCAAACCUACUUAUAGCACAUACCAUCUAGAGUCAUCUAGAAAAAACGUGGGGGGCAGAAAAUGGUCAGAAUAAAUGAAAACUUUAUGAAUCCUCUGUAUUUCAUAAGCAAAACAACUUUAUGCUGAUCAACGUUAUAGGGACUUCUGAACCCCCGGAAAACUCUUUUAACAAUAUACUAGAACUGUCUAAUGCACUUUAACUCGCCAUGCGUUCUUGUAUUCUGCCCAAUAUAAAGUUUAUCCACCACUUGCUUCAACUUUACGCAAGGUUCCAAAGAUUCUGCCCCAACUUUCCGACUCAUCCGAGGCAGAGCCGAGUGUUUCUGCAAAAUAGAAGACAGAAUAUUUACAUUGCAUCUAGAUAUAAAAUACAUAGUUUUUAUACCUGCCAAAAACAGAAUAAUUUUAUAAGACUCAUAAUAAAGAGCAUUACUUAUUGUUAGAGAGAGAUUUAUAAAGGAGUGGAAUCCCCUGCAGAACACUGUGACAAUGCCUUUAUCAGGUAACUACCAAGCUGUGUCGUCGUGUUUUUGCUUCUUUGUCUGUUUAUUUGGUCUUCAUUCUCAAACUGCGUCAUUCCUGGAUGAGUUUACUGAACUGUACAAUAGUGAAAAACUUCACUUGAAAAGAAUUUACUCUGUACAGAUAGUGUGCUAUAGAUUUCACAAGUUUUAGGAUCUCGUGAUCUUCAGCUCCAGCGUGGGGAGACGCAGGCCAUGAUAGACAGUACAGUACGCCAAGGCUUGGCGAAGUUUUGUGCAUGAGACCUUUUUCCUAUGAACAGGACUCGUGCACAGAACGUCGCCGAGGGUCGUGCGGCUGCCUUGGCACCUGUACCACACAGCAUGGCCUGCAUCUUCCUACGCUGGGGCUGAAAAUCACAUGGACCAAAAACUUGGGACUUGAGCUUUAAGGGCGUAUUUGCACAUACAGUAUCCUGUGCAUAUUUGCACAGGAUUUGAAGUAGCAGAUUUUAUGCUGAAGCUUUUAAUGUAAGCUAAAUGACUGAACAGCUUCAAAUCCUGCGCAUCAAAUGCGCAGGAUACUGUACGUGUAAAUACAGCUUAAUUGUAGAGUCACGCUUUGAAUGCGCCGACGGCAGUCACAAGAGCGAGCUCCCUGCUGUGACCAGUUAGCUCUGUGUGUCUGCUCGUAGGGGCAGAUUUCCCACUGUGCCUUUGCUA